GCAACACGCCUGGGCACACCCUUUCACUAUCUACAAUCAAACUAUGGCGGACCUAGACGCCAAACCCAGCGAACCACUCUUCCGAGCCUCGAAGCGCCGGAAGAUAUUCCGCAAAGCCGUCGAAGACGAAUCGCACGAGAUCACAAGCCCUCAAUCCCUCGCCACACCCGAAUCACAUACCCGAACUCCUCAAGACAAUGCCGAAACCGAAGGGCAAAAGGAUGGAGGCCUCUCUAUGGCCGAGAUCCUCCGCCGCCGCAAGCAAGGCAAGACGCGCCGCGCCGGCAUCGAGUUCUCGAACUCAUCGCAAACCUCGACCCGCGCCGCCGCACCACCACCCUCCGACGCACUGAUCCCCCAUACCGAUGACAAUCGCUCCGCGGUCGAUAUCGCGGCGAAGCGGUUCGCACCACAAACGGGGAAGGUAGCAGACGUACACGAUAAACACAUGAUGGAAUUUAUAGACGCCAGAAUGGCUGAGCUCCGUCAUUCGCAGGCGGCACUAAGCAUAACGACCCUCGAUGACAUGUCUACCGAAGAGCGCGCCACAGCGAUUGCGGCGUCGGAGAAGGCGCGCGAGAGACAGCCGGCUGGCGUCGGGAAACUGCAAGAAAUUGAUUUGGGGCCGGAUGCUACGGCGCAGAAUAUUGCGCGGACAGAGGCUGCGAGGAGGAAGAUGGAGGGAUUGCCGGACGAUGAGCCACAGAGUGGGCUAAGGCCUGGGAAAGUGAGGCUUGGGAGAGAUGGUAAGCCGUGGCGGGGCCGGAAAAGGCGGAAUAGUGAGGAUAUCAAGCGGGAUCUGCUCGUUGAGGAGGUACUCAGGGAGAGUAGGCUGGAUAUGUACGAUGAGCCUGAGGCCCUAGGGCACUCGGAAGGCGACCAGGCCGCCGACGACCUCCUAGCGGAGAGAUUCAGACAGGAAUUCAUUGACGCAGUCGAGUCUCGAAAUGUCAGACGUACGGCUCCUGCGCCUCCCGGCGCGGCUAAAGGCACGAAAGGAGAGGAGAGGCCCAAAGGGCCGAAGCUGGGGGGUAGUCGAAGUGCGAGAGCUGCGAUGCGUGCUAUAGAGGAGAAGGCUGCAAAGAAGAGGUGAUGUAUCGGAGCCUGAGAUAUUCUUAGGUGUCGUAAUAGGCCCGGGAGCACUUGGGUAAUAGCUAGGUGUUUGAUUUCGGCUAUUCAAGUAUUCGAUAUCUCAGCUGUUGAAUUAGUCCAACCCUCACGUCGAGGAACUUCCCCACUACAGAUUGUUCUUCUCGAAGUGUCUUUCGGUGUGAUUCGGGAGAUAAUUGUGGCUCCCCAGCACCCCUUCGAGACCUUCUCACAAGUCAAGAUCCCG